AUGCAAUUGGAAAUUCUUCAUGUUGGCUUUUUUAUCCUGUUUUACCUGGGAAUAAGCAAUGCAAUUGAAACCGUUGUUAAUUGCACGGAAAAAAGUGGUACAAAUGCGUGUUAUACGUGUAUGGGCAGAGAUAUGGAAAAUUGUCAAACAGGAACCGUUUGUUGCAGUGGCGCAUGUUUUAAGCUUAUCGAUGAAAAACAUAAUCUGAUAAUGAAAGGCUGCACAAAUGAAGAUCAAGAAGAUGGUAGCAUGAAAAGACGAACAUUUGAUAUACGAUUAUAUUGGGUACGCAAUGAAAAAGUUACAGGAGAAGCAUUUUAUUGUAAAGGGAGUGAUUAUUGCAAUGCAACUUCAGUAAAGUUCAUUCCGUCAUCCUUAUUUUAUUACAUUUUGCUCAGCUUACUUGCAAUUUUAUCAUUUUCUCAAUCAUAA